GGGCCGGGGAGGUGCAGGGGGAGGUACCCAGGCGGAUCACUGGCUCCUGCUCUCACACACUCACAUCUGCUGCAGCGGAAUAACGGAACAGCCGCCAUGGGGGUUGAAGGAUGCACCAAAUGCGUGAAAUAUCUGCUCUUUAUCUUCAACUUCAUAUUCUGGUUGGCCGGAGGGGUGAUCCUAGGAGUUGCUCUGUGGCUCAGACAUGAACCCAAAACAUCCAGCCUCUUGUUUCAGAACAUUGGGGAUAAGCAAGCACCGGGGACCUUCUACAUUGGUAUCUAUAUAGUGAUAGCCGUCGGUGCUGUCAUGAUGUUUGUUGGAUUUCUGGGGUGCUACGGUGCCAUUCAGGAAUCUCAGUGUCUUCUUGGAACGUUCUUUACUUGUCUUGUUAUCCUUUUUGCCUGUGAAGUGGCUGCUGGGAUCUGGGGUUUUGUGCACAGAGAUCAGGUGACAAAAGAGAUAAAGCAGUUUUAUGAUGAGGCGCAGCAACUGAUGAUGACCGGAACCGGAGAUACCAAAGACAAAGCCAAAUCUGUACUGAAGGUUUUCCAUGAGACGCUGCAGUGCUGCGGUUCCAGCCCAAUGGUUAAGAUUUUUUCGAAUAUACCGAGGGAUACGUGCCCAGGAAAUAACUUGCUAGAAAAUAUGCAACUUGUGGAUUGUCAUCAGAAGAUUGAUCAGCUGUUCUCGGAGAAGCUCUACCUGGUCGGAAUUGCUGCUAUUGUUGUUGCUGUGAUCAUGAUCAUUGAGAUGAUAUUCAGCAUGGUCCUCUGCUGUGGUAUACGCAUUUCCUCUGUGUACUGAGCACUGUGCAGAUACCCCGUUGUAUAUAUUCUGAACCCUCUUCCUCCCAACGUUUGGCCAACAUGUCUGUUUUUAUUGACACUUUGUCAUCUCUUUCUGAACCUGCCUUGGGGUCCCUGGAUCCUAGCAGAUGAUCUUAUUCCCGGUCUUGAAUUAAAAGUUCCUGUUGUUUCCCCCUCUUAUGUCCCUGGAUUUUAUAGCAACAAGGCACACUAUAAUUUGGUUACCUUUAUAUUGCGCUCAAACUAUUGUUUGAGCGUCUUGCACACAGUGCCCCUUCCUCACUAGGUUUAUGAUCCCUUUGUGAAGGUGAAGCCAGUUAGAUUGUUUCUAAAUGUUAUGGGGCACUCCGGAGCCCGUUGGGCCCUUUACAAACAUCUGUGAGAGUGCUUACACAAAAGGCUACAUUCUUCUUAAAGUAACCUAACCCCUAGGUGCACUGGGACGCUCCUAAGUGCCUUAUUGCUGUGGAAUCAGAUGUUCCGUUUGCUACUAUGUAUAAGAUGUUGUGUUAGUACUGUUGGGGGAGGCCCUAUCCCGAUACCCUCAUUCCCGCACGACCCACCUCCCCCUUACACCGUGUCUUCACAUAGUAAAUAUAUAUAAAUAUACGUGUAUAAAGAUUCUCAUUAAAAAUUCUUUUUUUAGGGGCGUUUUCCCCUUAACACCAAA